GCAACGGAAGACCAGCGCACCAACCAGGCUGAGUCCCUCCACCCACAGGGUGUCACCACCUGGGCUGAAAGUGUUUGGGAGAUCAGUCAUUGCUGUCUGGAUGCUCCUCUCUCUCAGUGACCAUCAUGUCUUUGACAUCUGCUUAUCAGCAUAAAUUUGCAGAGAAGCUCACUAUCCUGAAUGAUCGGGGUCAGGGGGUUCUCAUCCGCAUGUAUAACAUCAAGAAGACUUGUGCAGACCCCAAAUCCAAGCCACCUUUCUUACUGGAAAAGUCCAUGGAGUCAUCUUUGAAGUACAUCAACAAGAAAUUUCCCAACAUAGAUGUCCGAAACAGCACGCAACAUUUAGGGCCAGUACAUCGUGAAAAAACUGAAAUAAUUAGAUUUCUCACUAACUACUACCAGUCAUUUGUGGAUGUCAUGGAAUUUCGGGAUCACGUUUAUGAACUUCUCAACACUAUUGACGCCUGCCAGUGCCAUUUCGAUAUCAAUCUCAACUUUGACUUCACUCGGAGUUACUUGGACUUGAUUGUGAUUUAUACCUCAGUUAUUUUACUUCUGUCACGGAUUGAGGAUCGACGGCUACUCAUUGGCAUGUACAACUGUGCCCAUGAGAUGGUGCAUGGUCAUGGUGACCCAAGUUUUGCUCGUCUGGGUCAGAUGGUCUUGGAGUAUGAACACCCUCUGAAAAAGCUGACAGAAGAGUUUGGGCCUCACACAAAGUCUGUGAGCGGAGCCCUCCUCUCUUUGCACUUCCUCUUUGUCCGAAGGAACCAAGGGGCUGAGCAGUGGCGCAGUGCCCAGCUUCUAAGUCUCAUCAGCACACCCCCAGCCAUGAUUAACCCUGCCAAUUCAGAUACCAUGGCCUGUGAAUACCUGUCUGUGGAAGUCAUGGAGCGAUGGAUCAUAAUUGGGUUUCUUCUUUGUCACGGCUGCCUCAACUCCAACAGCCAGUGCCAGAAGCUGUGGAAGCUGUGUCUGCAGGGCUCCCUGUACAUCACCCUCGUCCGGGAGGAGGUGCUGCAGGUGCACAAGGUCACUGAAGACCUGUUUAGCGGUUUGAAAGGGUAUGGCAAGCGAGUGGCAGACAUAAAGGAGAGCAAGGAACAUGUAAUUGCAAACAGUGGCCAGUUCCACUGUCAACGGCGGCAGUUUCUGCGGAUGGCAGUGAAGGAGCUGGAGGCUGUGUUAACUGAUGAACCAGGACUGCUGGGUCCCAAGGCUCUUUUUGCUUUCAUGGCCCUGUCCUUCAUUCGAGAUGAGGUCACCUGGCUGGUUCGCCACGCAGAAAAUGUCACCAAGACAAAGACACCUGAGGACUACGCUGACCCAAGCAUCGCAGAGCUCCUUUUCUUGUUGGAGGAGAUUAGGGCUCUGGUCCGAAGACACAUCAAAGUGAUACAGCAAUACCACCUGCAGUACUUGGCAAGAUUUGAUGCUCUUGUGCUUAGUGACAUCAUUCAGAAUCUGUCUGUGUGUCCAGAGGAGGAAUCCAUCAUCAUGUCCUCAUUCGUCAGCACUCUCUCCUCUCUGAAUCUCAAACAAGUUGAUAAUGGAGAGAAAUUUGAAUUCUCAGGAUUGAGGCUGGACUGGUUCCGCCUACAGGCAUACACUAGUGUGGUUAAGGCCCCACUGCACCUGCAUGAGAACCCUGACUUAGCCAAGGUGAUGAACCUCAUUGUCUUUCACUCCCGAAUGCUGGACUCAGUAGAGAAACUGCUGGUGGAAACUUCUGACCUGUCUAUUUUCUGCUUUCAUCUCCGUACCUUUGAGAAGAUGUUUGCUAUGACCCUGGAGGAACCUUCUAUGCUGCGUUAUGCCAUUGCUUUCCCCCUGAUCUGUGCUCAUUUUGUCCACUGCACGCAUGAGAUGUGUCCAGAGGAGUACCCCCACCUGAAGAACCAUGGUCUUCACCACUGCAACUCCUUCCUGGAAGAGCUGGCCAAGCAGACCAGCAACUGUGUGCUGGAGAUCUGUGCUGAGCAGCGAAACCUGAGUGAGCAGCUUCUGCCUAAGCAUUGUGCGACUACCAUCAGCAAGGCCAAGAACAAGAAAACCAUGAAGCAGAGGCAGACUCCCAGAAAAGGAGAGCCUGAGAGGGAUAAGCCAGGAGCCGAGAGUCACCGGAAGAACCGCAGCAUUGUCACCAACAUGGACAAGCUACACCUAAACUUGACAGAACUGGCACUGACAAUGAAUCAUGUAUACAGUUUCUCUGUGUUUGAACAUACCAUCUUUCCUUCUGAGUAUCUCAGCAGCCACCUGGAGGCCAGACUCAACAGAGCCAUUGUGUGGCUGGCUGGCCACAACGCUGCGACCCAGGAGAUCGUGCGGCCUUCCGAGCUGCUGGCAGGACUCAAAGCAUACAUCAGUUUCAUCCAGUCACUGGCCCAGUUUUUGGGUGCAGAUGCUUCCAGAGUCAUCCGCAAUGCCCUCUUGCAGCAGACACAGCCACUGGACUCCUGUGGGGAGCAGACUAUCACCACUCUCUACACAAACUGGUAUCUGGAAAGUCUGCUCAGACAGGCGAGCGGUGGGACCAUCAUCCUCUCCCCAGCCAUGCAGGCCUUCAUCAGCCUCCCCCGAGAGGGAGAGCAGAACUUCAGUGCAGAGGAGUUCUCUGACAUCUCUGAGAUGCGAGCCUUGGCUGAAGUCCUGGGCCCCUAUGGCAUGAAGUUCCUGAGUGAAAACCUGAUGUGGCAUGUGACCUCUCAGAUUGUGGAGCUGAAGAAGCUGGUGGUGGAAAACAUGGACACACUUGUUCAGAUCAGAUCCAACUUUAGCAAGCCGGACGUGAUGGCUUCUCUGCUGCCCCAGCUGAUGGGGGCGGAAAAUGUGCUGAAGCGCAUGACCAUCAUUGGAGUUAUCCUGAGUUUUAGGGCCAUGGCACAAGAAGGACUUCGGGAGGUUUUCUCCUCCCACUGCCCAUUUCUUAUGGGUCCCAUUGAGUGCUUGAAGGAGUUUGUCACUCCAGACACAGAUAUCAAGGUGACCCUGAGUGUUUUUGAGCUGGCAUCUGCUGCAGGGGUGGGCUGUGACAUUGACCCAGCCCUGGUGGCGGCCAUUGCCAAUCUGAAAGCUGAUACUUCGUCCCCUGAGGAAGAAUAUAAGGUGGCCUGCCUGCUCUUGAUCUUUCUUGCCGUUUCCCUCCCACUCCUUGCCACUGACCCUUCUUCCUUCUAUAGUAUCGAGAAGGAUGGAUACAACAACAAUAUUCAUUGCUUGACCAAAGCCAUCAUCCAAGUGUCUGCUGCCCUCUUCACUCUCUACAACAAGAACAUUGAAACUCACCUAAAGGAAUUUCUAGUGGUGGCCUCUGUCAGCCUUUUGCAGCUGGGCCAGGAGACAGACAAGCUUAAAACCAGAAAUCGGGAAUCCAUUUCUCUGCUCAUGCGCUUGGUGGUGGAGGAGUCAUCCUUCCUGACCCUGGACAUGCUGGAGUCCUGUUUCCCUUAUGUCCUACUUCGAAAUGCUUAUCGGGAAGUAUCCCGGACCUUCCAUCUAAACCGGGUGCCUGCUGGUACCCACUGAAGGGCCCUUGGGGCCUCCCUAAACCCAUACCAUAAUGGAGGCUGUGGUCAUUUUCUCAAGGGGGGGGCGGGACGGGAAUGGGGUGGGGUCACUAGGGAAAGGGUCAGGAGCAAGAGCUGAUGGACAAGUCACAGGAACAAUCGGGGCUGAGAAAUCACAGAAAAGUGGCACAGGCUGGGGCCAUGGAAAAUAGUUUAUGAAAAAAGUUAGGGGAUCGGGGCCACAUGUGUGAACUUUACAAUAAAAAACAAGUGACAUACGAGUACAUUUUCUAUCUUCUGGUGAGUAGAGCUUGCGGUCUGACAGGCAUGGGUCUCUCUGACCUUCAUCACUAUUCUAGGAUAACGCUGGCGGGCAGAGAUGAUCAAUCAUCAUAUUAAACCAUAAUGAGCUUA